ACUUUGAUCCUGGUUUAAUACCAUGUGACCCGGAAGCAGCCGGGUUUAUUUUGAGGAAGUGAAACUCGUGUUCUGCUAAGGGGAAACUUUGGAGAAACAAUCAAGGGAAGAGAUUGUUGUAGCUUUAUCCACAGUGGAAAAAAAUCCCACAAUUAUGGCAGGCAAUGAACUCGCUCAAAAACUAAACAGGCGAAAUGAAAUUAACGAAGGAGGUGAAACAGCUGAACUGCCAUCUAUGAAUGUAUGGAACCCUUACACCGAAUUUAAAGAGUUUAGUCGAAAACAAAUUCAGGAUUUCCAGAAGACAUUUAACAAGUAUGAUGUAAGUAAGGACAAGUUUAUCGACUUCACUGAGCUGAAGUUGAUGAUGGAGAAAAUUGGAGCCCCUCAGACACAUUUGUCAUUGAAGGCCAUGAUAAAGGAAGUAGACGAAGACCAUGAUGACAAAAUCGACUUCAGGGAAUUUCUGUUAAUUUUUCGUAAAGCUCAUGCUGGAGAAUUAGAGGCAGGAAGUGGAUUGAUGGACCUGUUUGAGAACAUGACUGAAAUUGACGUUGACAAAGAGGGUGUUAAAGGUGCUAAGAACUUCUUCCAAGCUAAAAUAGAGCAACAGACAGCCGGUAAAAAGUUUGAGGAGGAAAUCCGACAAGAACAAGAGGAAAAGAGAAAGGAAUUAGAGGAAAAGAAAGAGCGACAAAAGGCAUUUAAGGAAAAGGCCAACUUCUUCAAGCAACCUGCUAGUUAGAAAGAUAGGUUUGAGUGUGUGUGCGUGUAUGUGAUUGAUUUUAAGCAUUUCUCUCGGAUAUUGUUACUAAUCACCUUUUACAGCAAUGUAAUUGAAUGUGUGUUUUGAAAAUUCAAGAAAACGAAAUCAAUUAAUUGGGACUUUUUGUUACAUUUCAUUGAAUGCAAAAAAACAAGUCCAAUUUGUUUGCUUUCCUCCCAUGGUUGUCCUUGUGAUUUCGAAUGCCUCAUCUCAGGUAUCUGUCAACAUUAUUUUUUCUUUGUUUUCGGGAAAAGUUUGCAAUGAAUUGUUAUAUUAUGUGUAAUGUUCAAUGUUAAUAGAAAUCUGAUCUGUGCAUGUUCAUGGGAAGAAUUUACAUGUAGAUCAUAAUGCAAUUCUGUUACGUUAUCUUGUCUCUGUUAUAGCUCCUGAGCUAAAAACCCAAAAAAGUUUUUCUGAUCAAAAAGUUUCCGGCUUCCAUCUGUCUGUCUAUCUGCUCAUAUUUUGAAUUUCUUCUCCAUCACUACAGGACUAGUCAAAGUCAUACACGGUAUACGAGGGAUUCAAGUGUGUCAAAUAUUUAGCAACCCCCAACCCCCUCCUCUUCAAAGAGGAGGUAAAUGCUAGGGUUGUAUACAGAUUGAUGAUUCUUCUGUAGAUGCACUAAAGCUGAAUUUUAUAAGUUAAUUUGUCUGAAAGUUUUUAAUUUUCAGUUUGAAUGAAAUACAGUUUUCAAGUUUGUUGAAAUUGUACCUUUAGGAGACAUAGAAGUCAGAAGUUAUACACAUGGAUGAAUAGGAAAAUCAUUUUAAAAUCUUUUCUCAGUAAACUAUUAUGAUGUUUUCUUAUAACAGAUAAUACCGGUACAUUCUUGGCCCAUGGUGCCUACAAGACCUAGAUUUUUACGGAAAUAGUUUUGCAAUAUUAUGCAAGCCCUGUCACGGGUAUACUCAGAUUUGUUCAAAUCAUGGCAUUCGGCUUUGAUGUGGGGUGCAAUAAAAGGUUUUAUUUUUUUAUCAUUUCUCAGUGAAAGCACUCUUGUUCAGGUGAGCGUUGUGGAUGGUGUUAUUCCUAGUCUUGAGAGAAUUUUUUUUUCUGUUGAAUUCUGAAAUUGUUUUAUUUUUACAUACAAAAGAUCUGAAUUAUACAUAUAGAUGUAUUUAGUUUCUACUUGUAUUUGGGUUUUUUCCUGGUAUAAAAGAUCUGUUGAAAUAUAUUGUCAUAAUAGACAAAAAGAACAAAAUAUUCUCAUAUCCUUUUAUCAUCAGCAGUUGAACUGCAUAUCAUAUAUCAAGUAACUUUUGUACACUGGGUAUGCUGGCUUCUAUAGCAGAUGAGGAAAAUUGGCCAAAAAUAAAAGCGCCAAAAUUUCUGUUCUUAUAAGUGAUACACUUGUUACACGAAAUUGCACCAAAAAAUAAAGCGCUUUGAUUUCAAACAACUUUUCUGAGAAAAAUCUGCUUAUAAUACCCAAGACACCAAAAUUACCUGAUAAAGAAUAUGUUAUCUAAUCUUUAAUAGAAUGUAUAUGCAUACUGAACAUUAUAUGUUCAGUGUAAAAUAUCAUGCAUUUGAGAUAUGAAUAUCAUGUGUAUUUCCCACUUAUAGGUACCAGGGUAUGCAUGUAACAAAUUUUUGAUGUGUUAAUUAUUUUUUAAAAUGGGAUUUUCCUUGAGAUACAUUACUAUUAGAUCUGUAAAUGCAUUACAUAAACAAGUAGAAUUAGAAGCAACUUUCAGCCAGGAAAAUUUUUUACAUGCUGCAAUUAGUUUCCCUUUCUGUUUCUUCGUACAGUAUAUUCCUUACUUAUGUACUUUAGUGAAAUCCUCAUUCAGCAUCCAUUCUUGUAAACAUAAAAUCAUAAGUGGCAUAAACUUCCACUAGCUGUGCAAGAGAAGCUCCUUGGGAAUUAAUUUGAAUAUUAAUUAUUAGCAUAUAAAAUGGAAUCUAAAGUAAUUAAAUGUGGGAAUGCAUAUAACACAUAUAAAAAGGGUUCAAGCACAUCUCUAACUUUUCUUACAAAUAAUCCAAUUGACAGGGUGGCUAAUAUAAGUGACACGGCAUGUGUGACAGUACAAUUAGCCUUUGUUUCUUUAGAGUACGUAUGUAAUAAAUCAAAUUGUGUUUUACAUUUACACGUGUUCACAACAGCAGUGUCUUACAGUGUGGUGUUCUACACACAGACUGUCGGAGCCAGUAGGGUACAAGUUUCUCAUUAGUAUUAUUGUUUUUGGUAUGUUUUUUUUGUUGUUGUUUGCUAUCUAAUACUUGAUAUGCUUAGUUAUUUACUGUCUGUUUAUUGAUAUUAUUACCUUACUUGUUAUUAAGCUUUUCUGUCAGAUCGAAUUUCACUAACCAAUUCAGCUGUGGAACAGUUGCCUUUCACACUUUUUGAGAUAUUCUCCAUACCCACUUUGUCAAUUUCAACAAAACUUGAUCCAAACAUGAAUUCAGAUUUGUAUAGAUUUUAAUAAAUCUUUUAUAGAUCUAUGUUCAUGCAAGCUCAAUUAUGUACAUACAAUUUAACCACAAACUUAAUUCCAAAUUUUAGCAUGGAUUUACAGAGUUAAUUCCCUUGUCAAGAAUUACUUUAAGUUACCUGACAAUUUCCUAAAUUCUGCUGCAUUGAAAGUGUACAAGUGUUUCUCAUGGUUUAUCACUCUUUUUAAAGGAGAAAAAAUGCAAUUACUUUGAUGUCAUUGCUUAAUAUCUAUUGUAUAUCUUAUUAGUGGGAUUGUGCAGUUCUGCACACAGAGGUCUCAUCUUAAUGAAGUGUUUGUAUCUCUUGUAACUAUUGCUCUUGUGUAUGUUUAUAAUUGUAUCCAAUUGUCUAAAAUAAAAUGUAUGCAAAACUUG